AUGAAUAGUCAGGUUUUCACUGCGUAUGUUGAGGAGCAGCUCCUCCUAGCACUGCCUGAUAAAUCCUUGGUGGUUACGGACAAUGCUCCCUAUCACAGUUGUCGAGAUCCUAUUAAAUGUUGUCCAACCUCAAAUUCCACCAAAGGUGAUCAUGAGAUAUGUCAGUGGUUGGACAACAACCGCAUUGCUCGGCCCACGAAAGCCAAAAAAAAUGACUACUACCAAAUGGUUCUUCAGAACAAACCCCCGCCCUCUUAUUUGAUUGACAACAUGUUGAGAGAACACGGUCACGAAGUGCUUAGACUUCCUCCUUACCAUUGUGACUUGAAUCCCAUCGAACUAAUCUGGGGUGAUUUGAAAAAUAUGGUCGCACGGCAAAAUAAGACCUUCAAGCUUGCCGACGUCAAGCAGAUUGUCUUGAAAGGGAUGGGAGAAAUUAAAGAUGUACGUUGGGCAAACUGUGUCCAACAUGUUAUCAAAGUUGAGGAAGAGUAUUGGAAACAAGACUGUAUCCGACCAGAUACUGUCCAGCCUGUUGUUGUUCACUAA